GUUCCUGGCCAAGCGGUUGCAGACGCUGUAACUUUUUCAUGUAUGUGCUUCUGAUCCGCUCCUGCAGCGCAAAAGGCGCCCUGCAAACCCAGCGCGUUGGGAAAGGCUGUAGGUGUGUUGCAAGGAGCUCCUCUUCUCCCACAUCCCCCGGAGCCAGAACCCCAGGGGCGCCGUUUCCACGUAGAGAGGCCAGUUUCCCAACCCGGCGCGGGUCCCCGGAGGGGGGAGCACGGAGCGGCCAUUAACUCUUGCAGGGCCUGAGUUGCGGCGCCUGCGCUGGUGCUCUGGGUGUGAGCGGCGGCGCGAGCGGGCUGUCCCGGGGCGCAGGGCAGCGCAGCGCCGAGCCAUGGUGAAGAUCAGCUUCCCGCAGCCGGCGGCCGGGCUCAAGCCGGAGAAGGCGGCGGAGGGCGAUGGGGUCAGCUCGGAAAUUCUGCUGCCUCCGUGCGGGGAGGAGGAGCAGCCUCCCCCAAUGCAAACAAGGAGGUCAUCUCUCAGUGGGUUAUGCUACUUGACUAUGGGCCUCAUUGUUUUGCUCCUGGGCCUUGUUUUUGCAUCCAUGUAUGUCUACAGAUAUUUCUUCAUUACCCAGUUUCCACAGCUUCCCCGGGAGAGCGUGUUCCACUGUGGGGUCCUCUUCGAAGACUCUCUCUACUCACCAUUUAAGGGGCAGUUGGAGUUGCAUGAGGAUGUGAAGAUUUACAUUGAGGAGAACUAUGAGCAGAUCAACAUCCCAGUGCCCCAGUUUGGGGGGAGUGACCCUGCAGAUAUAAUCCACGAUUUCCAGCGGGGGUUGACUGCCUAUCAUGACAUAGCCCUGGAUAAAUGCUAUGUCAUUGAACUGAACACCACUAUUGUGAUGCCACCUCGCAAUCUCUGGGAAUUGCUGGUUAACAUGAAGAAAGGGACGUACCUGCCUCAGACAUACAUAAUCCAAGAGGAGAUGAUCGUUACAGAGCAUGUCAAUGACAUGGAGCAGCUUGGCUCCUUUAUCUACCGCCUAUGCAGCGGCAAAGAGACUUACAGGCUGAAGCGGAGGACUGCUAGGAGACGUAUCAAUCGACGUGAGGCUGGAAACUGUAAUCACAUUCACCACUUUGAAAACACUUUUGUGGUUGAAACUGUUAUCUGCAAAAAGUCAUGAAGCAGCUCUUCAGAUAUAACCCUCCUUUGCUUUGCUUGCACAAAUGGAUCCUGCCCUUAGAAGUGAUAAUCUGUCUUACUUUUUUUACUCUCCCCUGCUUGGGCAGCACUAACUUCUCAGAUCCCUUGUGAUUAUACAUUGGACUCUAUUGUCUCUGUACUGUAUGUACUACUUACCUGGGACUCUUUGUUGGGCUUAAAUUUACACAGUAAACCAAAAUGCAACUCAGAAUAGACUCAGCCAUUUGUGAGCACAGCAGGACAGGAAUCCCAUUAUGGAAGAUGUGUGCUCUGGGAAGUGUGGGGAUGGAAACGGAGGGUAAGAAAUAGCCUGCAGUGUAGAAAUGUUUCAUUCUGCUGGAAUCAUUAGGUGGUUUCAUGCAGACAUCAUGUUGGCACAGAAAAGCCAAAGUAAAAUAAUGCCAUUAAAGGUGGGUUACCAUUUGGAUGUAGUAACUAGCAGAAUGCUGUUAGAUGCAGUAAGAAUACAGGUCUGAGGUUUGCAAAUGCUGCAUCUAGGGAAGUUCUGCACAUAGAGAAUUUCUGCCAAACUAAGUAAUAACCUUUAGUGUAAAUUCUUGUUCCAAGUCAUCCAGUGAGCGUGCCUGUUAAGAGCCUAUUUCACAAACACCAAAUGGAGUCUUUACACACUCGUGCAUAUUGCUCUGAAAUUAUCUCACAGUGUACUUUUCUGAGCAAGGACUAUCUGAUUCUGUACCCAUUGACCAUUCUGUGCCCCUCAGCUGAUCUGCAGGUGGGGGUAGAGUGGGGAGGAGGAGGGUGGAUUCUGGAAGGAGCCAAAGGCAAAAAAGAGUGAUUAAAUUGAAUGGAGACUGAUUCAAGCGUCAUUGCUUCAUGACCACAAAGAAGUGAAUGGUACACAAGUGUAUAUAUCCCAGCACAAAUAAUGGGCCCAACUUUGAGUGACUUUUGAUAGCACAUUGUGAUAUUUUCACCAGGAGGACACUGUUCUUCAGCAGUUAGCCCAAUGUAUUGAGCACAGACAUUUAUCUUUUUAUACCGGACAGACAGGCCUUCACUUUCCAUAUAUUUUCCUGAAGUAAAUAAAGGGGCAGAGCCUGAGCUGGUGUAAACUGUCAUCGCUCCAUUGCAGUCCCUUUAACUGGUCCUUGAAGUCAAUGGAACUGUGAAACUUUACACCGGCUAAGAAUCUGCCCCAUACAGUUCUAACUACUGCAAUCCAUUUUUUUUUUUUUAAAAAGAUUCCAGGCCUAUUUUCUGUCUGAAUGUCUCCACUAGUCUCACACUAUCAGAGGCUUGUGGUCCUAUUCCAUUUCACAUGUCCCUUCUCUGUCUGACAGUCUGAGCUAUGAGGUACUCCUCUUCUUCAUGGGGCGUGGAGGCAGACCAGCUAAUUGGUUGUAUGCGAGGGGCAAGGAACAGCCCUUCAUUGGAAUUCGGCAGAGUUCUCUGCCUCCACUUCUAUGCAAGUGGCAUGUUAAGGGGGUCUGCUUGUUUGGGGACUUUGAAGAUCUUAAUGUACUAGUUAAGCAGCUUUUUCAGUGGUGGUUUUUUUACAUUCAUUUUCCUUACUUUAACCUGCCAGGAUCUUUAAUGUUCCCUGGCCCUUCUUACAAGCACAAGCAAUGACCCCAGCUUCAGAGCUUGUAGAAGUAGCAGCAUCAGCGUGAACAGUCUGUGUUUUUUGAGAGAGUUCUCUUGUAUAGUGUGAAAUAGUCCUCCUUUUGUAGCAUCACAAGCACUUAUGUGGGCUAUUUUUAUGCCAAUAAGUAUUGUCUAGCCAUGUACAAUCUUGCAGAAUUAACUGGCAUGUUAAAAGAGACCACUCAACAUAGGAGGGGCCUAUAUAUAGAAUUUCAAAUUGGCACCGUCUUCUUAAUUGGUUUCCAGCAAAUCUGGACUUGUUCCCCAUCUGCUGAAAUGAGCUUGAUGUUUUAGAAAGAGGAAAGAUAAAGUAAAAGCAAUAAUAUAUAUAUUUAAAAUGCUGAACUACAGAUGUGAUGGAAUCCUUGCAUAGACAUUGAAACAAGACCAAGAUUUGGUUGAUCAAUAUACUGCAUAGAAAUAGUGUGAACUGAACUGCAUGUCUAUUGAUCAGCAAAAAGAAAAAAAAUUGUAGGCUGAUUAUGUAUUUUUCACUCUGCUCCAUAAAUAUAGUUAAGUAGGCCCUUGAAACGCAGACAGGUUUUUCUUUUUGCUUGUGUGAAUGGAGUGAAUUUCCAAUUGGCACAGUCUUUUUAAUUGGUUUCCAGCAAAUCUGGACUUGUUCCCCAUCUGUUGAAAUGAGCUUGAUGUUUUAGAAAGAGGAAAGAUAAAGUAAAAGCAAGUACAAUCAUUAACUCAGCAGAGCCAAAAAAGAGAUGUUUUGUGAUAGACAACUUUAAAGUAGUAAUGCUGUGAUUUAAUUAUAUGAAACCAAAAGCAGAAGUUUUAGGCAAGCAUGCAGCACAACGGUAAUUUAUCUGUCCUGAGAUAUUGAGGGUUAUUUUUUUAUAUAAACCUAUGAAAGGAAUUGUUAAAUUUUAACCUAUCAGAAUGCAGACUUUUUAGACUUACUCUGAUGUUUAAGUUUAUGGAAAAUGAAAAGUCCUGUACAAUUCACACAGCUUAGUAAGGUAUGUUUCCCCCAACACCAGUAGGGUAUGUGCUUUAUGUAUAAUAGAAUUUUGUUUUUUGAAAAUUUAAUCUCUUUUUUGUCCUAACCCUACUUUGCAAAGUGGAUCACUAAUGUAUAUUGGGAGUCGGGGAGGGAAAUGAGCAGAUAUCAGUUUGCCUGAUGCAAAUACAGCAAACUGGUAAAUUUAAGCCCUGCAUUUAUUUUUGCUUUUAGGAAUCUCAGCCAACCUGCACUCAGGUGGAAAUAUAAACUUUUUUUCCUCUUCCUUCUGAUUCUGCAUGUUUUAACUGGUCAUUAAAUAUGCUAACUAUGUGCAAUCUGUGAACUUAAGAACAAGGCCUUAGUUCUUUAGCGUGAACUAAAGUAAUCACAGUUCAUAGGAUCAAAACAGCAGUUGUCUAGUAACAAAACUUAAAAUGCUUUGUAUAUUUUGUCUGUUAGAGAAAUCUGACCUGUUAAUAAAAUCUUUUACCUCUGA